AUGGGUCAGCCCUUCAACAACACUGGGAUGCGGAUGGAUACCUCAGCCGACCCUGCGGCUGAGUAUAACUUCCAAGAACAAUUCUGGCAAGAGAAUCCCGGUUUAGCAUUUGCCAGCCACAUAUUUCACUAUCACGAUCCGAAUCAGAGCCAGGUUGACCACAGCCAGUCUUGCAUAGUCGACAACCCCAACCUGGCGUUAUCAAGAUGUACACUACCUGUAAUUACAAGCAACGAUGGCCUCGACUUCAGCACCUUCUUGAACACAGACUCGGACUAUCAAUGCGGAUUCCCCAUCCAAGAUCCAGCCAUGUACCACAAACACGUCUUGACUCAGCAUAGAACGCUGCUAUCUCAUAUCCCCGGGUUCGCGCCAUGCAUCAACACUGGCAAUCUCGUUCCAACACUUGAUACUGUCCUUGAAGAGCCUCAGACUUCAUUUAACACGCAUACGUCGGGUCUUUUCUCGUUCAACUUUGCUAAUGAGUCAAUUAAGCCUCGGGCAAUAUCGACAUCCGUUUCCUCUGGAACCAAUGCUUCCGUGAGAACAUCCCCUAUGCCCACACCCGACACAAUAGCAACACCACCACCCCCUGGAGAUGUUAAUUCCAAGUUGUCUAUUUUUCAGAAGAAUACGGAGGCUUCGGAGGGCGAGGUCGAGGGAAUGCAAGUAGACCAAGACGACUCCUACCAAUGCUUUUGGAAAGACCCAGGAUCAGGCAAGGUAUGUCUGAAACAUUUCAAUGAUAGCGAGGAGUUGGAUGCGCAUUGCAGAAGAGACCAUGUCAAGACUAUGCAAAGGGUCGAUGGCGGAUACCCAUGUAUGUGGCAGCACUGCAAACGCGAACACGGAAGUUUUAGUCAGCGCGGCAAGCUGAAUCGACACCUACAAGUCCAUACAGGCUUGAAACCCACUGAAUGUCCCGUGUGCGGUGUGAAGUUGUCUGCAAAGCAAGCUCUGGACCAACACAUGCGGCUUCACACCAACGAGUGCCCUUAUGUUUGCGAUUGGCCAGACUGCAACCGAGUAUUUAAGCAGCGCAGCGCUUUGAGUAUGGGUCUCCUAUCCUUACACUGGCUAUUUGCCAUGCCCUCCGCCCCUGGUAAAUGA